CCGCAGCCUUUUGUUCCGCCCGCCCGCCCGCGCUGUCGCCCGAACGGCGGCCACUGCCGCCACCACCGCCGCCUCCUCCUCCUCGUCCCUCCUCCUCCUCCCUUCCUUCCUUCCUUCACGGGGGCGGGGGGAGGCAAUCAGAGACCGAAGAAGCCAUCGCGAAGAGAGAGCGAGAGGCGAGAGAGAGAGAGAAGGGGACGGCUCCCUCCCACCCCCCUCACCACCUCCUCUACCCAUCGCUGGUGGCCGCUCUUUCGCCAUUGUUACUCACCACCGCCACUAGCGCCGCUCGCCCUCAUGGAGGGCGCUUUAUACCGCUGUUGUUUCGCUGUGGAGACCUCUCCUCUCGCGUCAAUCGACAACAGCCUCCACUAAACUCGUCCCCACACGCAGCUCGCUGCAGCAGCCGGCGUCGAGGCGUUAGACGGAGUCUGGGUGCAGCAGGGAGGCGAUUCGGGGCUGGCCGAGUGGCCGAGUGUUGGGCAAAUUUGUAAAACGCGGGAGUUGAACGCGCGACUGAGGCGGAUCUUGGCUCGUUGAGAUCGUGGUGGUGGUGGUGGGGGGCUUUGUUUUAUUUCUCUGCUUUGCUGCGUUUGGAAAGGCUGAGGAAUACAACAUCUCCGUGACACGAAGAGGAGGAGGAGGAGGGGAGAGGCCGUUCGCAGUCCGCCUUGGGGCCGACUCGCCCCGACUCGUGCCCGUCCUCGCGAGGGCGACAAUGGACGAAUUCCAGGCGGCGGCGGCGCAGUUCCUGCCGGACGACCCGACGGCUCUCCGCGAGGCGGCGCGCAACCACAACCUCUACCACAUGUGGCGGGAGAUCUGGGCGCGCAGCGGGCGCGUCACCAAGGAGUGGAACCCCUAUGGGCUGGAGAGCCCCCAGGCCGACCCCAUGCCCAGCAUGCCCAAGGGCCCCGGGCCCGGGCCGGGCGCCCCCUGCGUGGCCCAGAUGGGCAAGGAGAGCCCCAUGUCGGCGGGCGUCCACGGCAUGCAGCCGCCGCCUCCGCCGCUCAGCGUCGGCAUGGACAAGGCCAAGGACCCCGACCCCAUGCCGGAGUUCCCGGCCGCCAGCCCCCCCAGUUUCCCGAGCAUCAUGGGUGGCCUGCGCCUGACGCAGAGCCCCCGCGCCCGCAAGACGCGCUCGGAGCAGCAGGUGCCGCUCGGGGAAGAAGCCGGCUCUCACGUCAUGUCAAGCUGCCCGGCCCCUGACCCACAACAACAGCAGCAGCAGCAGCAACAGCAGCAACAACAACAACAGCAGCAGCAACAACAGCAGCAGCAGCAGCAACAGCAGCAGCCGACACAGACCGGCACCCCGGGGCCCACCGUGGAGCCGCUCGACUGCGGCGCCGACACCGGAGCCGGCCCCAACGGCGGCGGCGUGGACGGCCCCGGCGGCCCCGGCGGCGGCGGUGGGGGGGGCGGCGGGGGGGGCGGCGCGGUGGGCGGAGUGGUGGGCGGCGUGGUGGGCGGCGUGGUGGGCGGCGUGCUGGUGAGCAAGGACGGGGGGGGUGCCGCGGCCUGCGAGCUGCUUCCCCGGCGCUCGUCGCACGUCAAGGAGAAGCGCUACAAGUGCGCCGACUGCGGCAAGCUCUUCCGCCAGUCCACCGACCUGUUCCGCCACCAGUCGCUGCACACGGGCGAGCGGCCCUUCCAGUGCGACCAGUGCGGCAAGAGCUUCGCGCUGACGCGGGACCUGGCGCGCCACCAGCGCACGCACACCGACGAGCGCCCCUACGUGUGCGAGCAGUGCGGCAAGAACUUCCGCCUGCCCGAGGAUGUGCUCAAGCACCAGCGCAUCCACACGGACAAGAAGCCGUACCAGUGCGACACGUGCGGCAAGGCGUUCCUGCGCUCGCACGAGCUGCUGAGUCACCAGCGCGUUCACACAGGUGAGCGGCCGUACCGCUGCGACAAGUGCGGAAAGACCUUCCGCUGGUCGCACAGCCUCAUCGGGCACAAGCGCACGCACAGCGCCGAGAAGAGCUUCCACUGCCGCACGUGCGGAAAGAUGUACAAGCACCGCGCCUCUCUGGCCCUGCACCAGAAGUCGCACAAGUCCGGCGCGCAGCCGGGCGGCGUGGCCGGCGCCGACGUGCGGGACAAGCCGCCCGCGUUUCCCGACGCCUCCCCCAACAGCUUCCACUCGGACUUCGGGCAAGGAAGCCAGGGCGGGGAAGGGCGGGUGGGAGUGCAGCAGCAGCAGCAACAGCAGCAACAACAGCAGCAGCAGCAGCAGCAGGGAGCCGCGGGUAGCGCCGCUGGCAGCAGCGGCGGCGGCAAUGGCGGCGGCGGUGGCGGCGCGGCACAGGCGGUGCGCGAGGACGGGAAGGAGGAGCACCCCUGUGCGCUGCCGCCGCUGCAGACCAACAGCCGCGGGGAGGUGACCUUCCGCUGUGGGGAGUGCGGCAAGUGCUACCUGUGGCCGCCCUACUUCCGGCAGCAGCCUCGCCCCUACUGGUGAUGGCGGCGGCGGCGGCGGAGGGUUGUGGGUGGGGCCCAGCUCCGCGGGGCCAACCCGUGCCGGCUCUCGCCGACCUCGCUUAGCCCGGCCGAGCGCCGUCUCUCGUCAGCCCCGACCCUGCAGCUGACACCGACGACGGCGACGACGACGACGGCAAGGACGGAACAUCAGAGACCCGCCCCGGGGAGGGCCGCCUUGAUGUGGCGGCGGCGGUGGGGGGUGGUG